AUGGAAACUCAUUGUUACUAAUAAAAAUCUUCUUGGGAAGGAAAAAAGUACCUUAUAUAUAAUCUACAUUGGGGAUGCAAAUUGUAGAGAAACAGACACCGAAGGAUUUGCAUGUAAUCAAAUCUAAAGCAAGUCAUUUCAGAAGCAUCACUACCAUGUACAGAAGCCUUUCGCAUCAGGAUCAGGCUGACCUUGCCGGAGACCAGGAUCCCUUAUCAAGGAGAACACGACAUUCACCUGAUACACUACAUUGCUGCUAAGAAGGAAAUUCACCAGAACCAUCCAGAAUGGAAAGUGUCCCAGGAGACUACAGCAAACGCGUGUAUCAAGGCGUGCGAGUGAAGCACACGGUCAAAGAUCUACUGGCAGAAAAACGAUCCAGGCAGACCAGUAACUCAAGAUUUAAUAGCAGCGCCCGCGACGCCCCGCCUGCGUCUGCUCACAUGCCAGGUUCGCCGGUCAUGUCAGGUUACUAUGGGGUCAGAAGAUCGUUCCUCUCCGACUCAGACUUCCACAACACUAAACAGUUCGCAGGCGACAUGUGCACCUCCGGCCCAGCGGCCAAGCCCUUUGCCUGCGAGGCCCCCGCGGGGCAGAGCCACCCAGGCCUCCUGGAUCCCUACUUCCCGGAGCCCUACGGAGACCACCGGCCCCCGGGCCUGACCCCCAGCACCGGCUCUCUGUUCAGCGCCUCGCCCCUGCCACCGCUCCUGCCGCCACCCUUCCCCGGGGACCCCACGACGCACUUCGUGCUUAGGGACUCGUGGGAGCAAACGGUGCCCGGUGGUCUCAGCCAGGCCGACCCUGUGCCCACCGACACCCUGCAGACCCUGCCACCCAGCGCGGGCUGCCUCUCCCAGCUGGAGUCAGGGAGCACCACCCCGCACAGGAACUCCAGCUGGGGGGCCCCCCUGGCUGGGGCUCCGUCCUACUCUCUGCAUGCACUGGAGGAUCUGUACCACGUGCCGGGAUACCCCACGCCACCCCCCUAUCCCUUUACCCCUUUCAUGACGAUGUCCAAUGACCUGCCACACAAGGUGGUGCCCCUCUCCCCAGAUGAGGGGGCAGACACCUCCGGCCUUCAGGACCCUACUUCAUGGACCAAAGAAGACGGGAACAUGGCGUGGGGGUCAUACGAAUGCCGCAGAGCUUACUGAGGGGUGCCCAAAGGACUCCUGCCGUGCUUUUCUUUUAGCUGGGUUCUGUAUUUCACAGAUCGUUUGCAGGGUGUUUCCAGCUCAUUGAGAGCUGGAUUUUAGAAUAGGCCAUCAAGCCACCCUUUGUAAGCGGACCACCACGGUAUUCAUCUGUAAGCCUCCUUCCACAAUCCCACUGAAAUACAACGUGAUGUUAAUUCAGGAUUUCAGGGACUGUAUUCUAGUGAGACACCUGGUACUCAUGUAUGGUUGGAACUUUAGUAACCCAUUACGUUCUGAAUUUCUGUUACCUUUGAAAUACCAUUUUUAGCACUCAUAUUUUUCUUAAAUUACAUUUAAAAAGUUUGUGCGGAUCAUGAAAUAUACUGA